CACCUCCCCGCCAGAUCUUCGAAAAUGUCCGCCCAGGUUCCCGACGAGGAGUACGAAGCUCAGGUUUUGGGGUUCUCUCCCUCCGUGUUCAUCGAGGCGGUGGAGGAGGCGAUGGCACAACGGCUCAAGGAGGCGCUGGACCAGGUGGAGGAACAGUUUUCACAGUUGGACCCGGAGGUGUUGCCCGAGGAGGAGCGGCGCGAGGGCAUGGCCAAGCUAAGGGCCGAAACAGACAAGAACUUCGCCAAGGUUAUGCAGAAGACGAAGACGAGGCUCCACGACACGUUAAGAGUUCCCCCUCAUGUGCUCCACCCGGCUGACGUGGAGCAAGCCAACCCAGUGACGGCGGAGGAGGUGGAGGUGCUUAAGCUGGAACUGGAAGGCCUCAGACAGGAGCUUCUCAAUGAGCGAUACAUGAAAGCUCGAUGCGAGACACAACUCAAGCACCUUCGGAGGGCCUCAGAGGAGCAGCAGAAGGUCCUGGAAGGCCCCCUGAGCCCUGCCGUUAUGCACAAGCUGGAGGACACCAAGGAGAGAUUGUGCCUGAUCCGAGACAACCAAGACGACCUCCUCAAGGCCUUGGAGGAGGUCCGGGAAGUCACCAAGAGCCUCCCUGACAACUCAAGCCCGACCCCUGCAAUGCUACUGGCCAAGGAGAGCUUUCAGUAGUAGAGAAGCAGGAACCGGUGCUACAGGUUUUAACUCAGAUGGUGCCAAUACCCUCCUCUAUGAAGCUGAAAGCUGCCUUAGCUAACACGCUCUUCCUGCAUUUUAAAUAUAUAUAUAUAUAUAUAUA